CCAACAAUAGUAAAAGAGCUUUUGCUAUUCACAACUACAAACUUUGACAAAUUUGACAAUUUCUUAUAAAUAAACAAAGUAAAUUCAAUUUUUACAUUAUGGAAAAAGACACUGUGAUUAAGGAAGAACAGGCAACAAUUGAGGCAAUUUCAACAAUGGCCAAUAAAGUAUUAACCAUUGGAGGUGAUGACUCAGAGGUGGAUGAUAGGAUUAAAGACCCAGUGCCUGGAAAACAUUAUGAAUCGAAUUUUGAUGAAGAAUUCAAGGAGCGCCUUAUCAAAAUAAUGUUGCCAGGAACUCAACCUUUGCCAGAGAAAAAUGAUACCAACCUCAUUGAACAAUUCAGUGCACGAAGAAUAGAGAAAAAUGGCAAAAUAAUUUAUCAAUUUGAUUGCAAAGAUUUUGGUGGUGGCAGUCAAAGUCGUACCAAACAUGAACCUGGAUGGACGACAAUCAGUGGACCAGCUUAUAGUGCUAAAUUUGUUCUCGAUUUGGUUAGAGAACGUCUGAAGGAUGAGUUAUGGAUUAGGGAUAAUGUGGUUGAAUGCCGAACAAAAGAAACUAAAGAGUAUUGCUAUAUGCAGGGCAUAGUUUCUGAGUGCUUAGAUAAAGCAAAUGAAGAUUUCUAUAAUUAUGUUUUAUGUCUACAACAACAGUUUAGAUAUGGCACUGAAUUAAUACAAAAAUAAUUAUUGUCCUAUUUUUAAUAUUCGUACCUAAUGUUUACUUAAGUAAAGACUGACAAUCAUAAAAAGGAAUUAUACACUUUUUGCUGUGAAAUAAAUUCAAAUAUGUUAUUAAA